AUGCGGCAGCCAUCUCAUGGGUUCCAUGUGGAAGUGAGCGGUGUAGACGGCGGAGCAGUGCGGUGCUGCUCUCGGGGUCAGCAGGGCGAUGCUCAGCGUUGCAUAGAGGCGGAGCAGCGCGGUGCUGCUCUCGGGGUCAGCGGCGCGAUGCUCGGAGCUCGGGAGCGGUGCAGGGAGCGGCGCUUCUCAAAGAUGCGCGAUGCUGGCGGCGGUGGCAAAUUCAGCACGACGGCUCAUGGACAAGGAAGAAGCAGCACGGAAUCUAAGAAUGUCAACUUUGCAGAAAAGAUGAAGGAAUUCAUGCGAAAAUAUGACAAGAACGCAGAUGGCAGAAUUGAACUUUCUGAGCUGGCACAGAUCUUGCCCACAGAGGAGAACUUCCUGCUGUGUUUCCGACAGGACGUGGGCUCCAGCGCUGAAUUCAUGGAGGCCUGGCGGAAAUAUGAUACAGACCGCAGCGGCUACAUAGAAGCCAAUGAGCUCCAGGGGUUCCUAUCAGAUUUGUUAGAGAAAGCAAACAAGCCCUAUGAGGAACCAAAGCUACAAGAAUACACACAGACUAUACUGAGGAUGUUUGACUUGAAUGGGGACGGGAAGCUCUGCCUGUCGGAAAUGUCACGAUUGCUGCCUGUGCAAGAGAACUUCCUCCUUAAAUUUCAGGGAGUGAAAUUAGAUGUGGAAGAAUUCAAUGCUAUCUUUGCAUUUUAUGACAAGGAUGGAAAUGGCUUCAUUGAUGAGAAUGAGCUGGAUGCCCUCCUGAAAGAUCUCUAUGAGAAAGACAAGAAAGAGAUGACAAUCCAACAGCUCACAAGCUACAGAAGGAGCAUCAUGAAUCUCUCUGAUGGGGGGAAGCUGUACCGCAAGGAACUGGAAAUCGUCCUCUGCAAUGAGCCCCCGAUGUAAAGAACAGUAGUGUCCCUUGGCCACCUUUCCUCCUUUCCCCUGCCACUACCACGAAGGCAAAGACACCACAAUGAGCAAAUGUAGGGGGUGUCUGCUGACCUGCGCCUGGGUGAUCCUUCCAACCCCAUAAGAUGAGGCUUGCUGAUCUGCUUGUGACUUGGGUCCCAGAAUCUGCACAAUAGGGUGGGGGAGGGGCAGCACUGUAUGACCGCAUCUCGUUUGCUGGAGAAGGGGGGCUCCAACCUAGACACUCAAUUUUUCCCCCACGCCUUGCUUGUCUCUUUCUUUAUCGCUAGUUAUCAUAGUCUGUGUUUUAUAACUUCCCUCAUCUGGAAUGGGUUUUUCUCUCUCGUUUGCUCUUAAUUUUUCAUCUUCGGUCACCUUUCAUGUUCAGUCUUGUUUACCAAAGAAGAGUUUACAAAUAAAACUGAUGUUCUGCUUCA